UAUGGUUAAAAAAAAGAAGAGCGCUGGAGUUUGGUAAUGUUUACACUGAGAGCAGAGGACAGGAACCGGUUGCAGGUAGAGAGCAGAGUUUUUCCACCAUGGAGGCUGCUGGUUACCUCCUGAAUGUCUUCAACAUGGAGGCCAGCAGAACGACGGUGACAGUCGGACUCUUCCUCACUUUUCUGUGUCUCCUUUACUGGUACUCAGUCUAUCCGUUCUCAGUCCUCGCUCAGUGUGGAAUCAAGCAUCCCAAGCCGGUGCCUUUCUUUGGCAACAUAUUCUAUUUCCGUGAGGGUUUCUUCAGACCUCUCACUGAACUUAUAAAAACACAUGGCAGAGUGUGUGGGUAUUAUUUGGGCCGCCGACCCGUGGUGGUGGUGGCCGACCCCGACAUGCUCAGAUCGGUGAUGGUCAGGGAUUUCACCAGCUUCCCUAACAGAAUGCAAUUUCGAUUUGCCACCAAGCCCACGACGGACUGCCUGCUCAUGCUGAGGAACGAACGGUGGAAAAGGGUCCGCAGUAUUUUGACCCCGUCCUUCAGUGCUGCCAAGAUGAAAGAAAUGGUUCCGCUCAUCAACACGGCUGCUGAUGCUCUGAUGAAGAACCUGAAGGUCCAUGCUGACUCAGGGAAAGCCUUUGACAUCCACAAGUGUUUUGGCUGUUUUACCAUGGAUGUCAUCGCCAGCGUGGCGUUCGGCACUCAGGUCGACUCUCAGAACAACCCAGAUGAUCCGUUUGUCCGCCACGCUCAGCUGUUCUUCUCCUUCUCUUUCUUCAGGCCUCUCAUGUUGUUUUUCAUUGCUUUUCCCAACAUCAUGGCUCCCAUUGCGAGAUUCAUCCCAAACAAAAGGCGAGACCAGAUGAACGGCUUCUUCACCAGCAUCAUUCAGAAGAUCAUUCAGCAGAGAGAAGAGCAGCCUCCCAGUCAGCGGCGUCGGGAUUUCCUCCAGCUGAUGCUGGACGCUCGGACCGGCAAAGAGAGCGUCUCUUUGGAGCACUUCGACACAGCCAACCCCUCGGAGGAGCUGGCGUCCUGCUCGGAUCAGGAACACGGGUCGACUCACCAGCAGGAGUCGCCCGCCAGGCGUCCGCUGAGGAAGAUGAUGACGGAGGACGAGGUGGUCGGCCAGGCCUUCGUCUUCCUCCUGGCGGGAUACGAGACCAGCAGCAACACGCUGGGCUUCACCUGCUACCUGCUGGCCAUCAACCCCGACUGCCAGCGCAGAGUUCAGGACGAGAUCGACCAAUUCUUCACCAGACAUGAUUCUCCGGAUUACUCGAACGUCCAGGAGCUGAAGUACCUGGACAUGGUGGUGUGUGAAGCUCUGCGGCUCUACCCGCCUGGCUUCAGGUUUGCUCGAGAAAUCGACCAUGACUGUGUGGUGAACGGCCAGAUUCUCCCCAAAGGAGCGACUCUGGAGAUCCCAGCAGGAUUCCUGCACUACGACCCGGAUCACUGGACCGAGCCGGACCGCUUCAUCCCCGAAAGGUUUACACCGGAAGCGAAGGAGAGUCGUCACCCGUUUGUCUACCUGCCGUUCGGCGCCGGGCCGCGGAACUGUGUGGGGAUGAGGCUGGCCCAGCUGGAGAUCCGGAUGGCUUUGGCCCAUUUGUUCCACAGGUUCAACAUCGAGGCCUGCUCCGAGACCAAGGUUCCUCUUGACCUGAAAUCCUCCAGCACUCUGGGACCCAAAGAUGGCAUUUAUGUGAAAAUAACUCACAGAGGCAGAGAAGCACAAAAAGCCUCUCGGUCAGAUGAUGAGAAGCUCAGCUGUGACCCUUCUGCACGGCAGAAAUGUGACAAAUUAUAACAGACUGACAUUUCACCUAUUACAUUUACAAUAGUUUAUAAAACUUUAAACUCAGUAGUCAAGUUUAUAAAACUAUUGACAUGGUUACUGAAUGUUUGUAGCUGAUCAAAUGAAUCUGGGCCCAACAACUCUUCACUUCUAACCAACGUUCUGAUGGAUCAACAAUUGAUAGAUUCUGCUUUAGAAUAAAAUAACAUAAAAUAUUAAAGGGCCUUUAUAAAGAACGAUGGUUUCAAAGCUUCGAGACGAUGCAGCUUGGAUCUUAACCUUUAGGAACAUCAGCAGAUAUAUGAAAAUUAUUAUUUUUUUUGUUAUUUUUUAGCACUUUAUUGUAUUUUAUUGCAAAAUAUGCAGCUGGUGAAUUUAAUUUUGGGUCAUUUUGUUGUUGGGAAAUAGAUGCAGUGAUUUAAAAAUAUGUAUAUUGCUAUACAUUUACAUAUUCCUUUUUCUGUUGAUCAGAAAUCGUAUCGGAUAAAUAAAUAUGGGUUUAAAUGCAUUAUGAAAACAGUUAAGGAAACAGUAUAAACAUUCUUUCAAAAUUCAAGAAUUUACAUGAACAUGAUGUCUUUUUUUCCAAAUGUUGUACUGCUCACCUUCAAAGUUCUGCUAGCAAACAAUGAUGAUGAGUUACUGAUGACAUGCAAGCUUUCCUUGAUGUAACAGAUAUUUCAGACCUGCUUUUCUUGUUUUUCACAUAAAGUUUGUAAAAUUUGAAACAUUUGGUGACCUCUCUGUGAAGUUUAAAAGGAAAACAUUUGCACAAUAGGAGUGAUUUACUUUUGAUUCAUUCAAAUGUUCUUGGUAAACAACAAGAUGCACUGGAAAGAAAUGACUCCUUCCAGCACUUGGAUCACUUUAUAAAUAAAAAGAUGAUUUAUUUGA